AUGAACAAUAUACUCAGCAGUUUCUCCCCCAUUGUUAAAAGAAACUCAAAUACUAAAACUGAAAGCAUUGAUUUUAAGAUGAAAUUACUUCAUUUUGAACCACUUAAUAUUAAUACUUAACCUAUUAAACAAAUAAGAGUUAAAAUAGAAAGAAAACUAUCUCCUAUUUUUGAUUAGAAUUAUAAUGCUCUAUUCUUAAAUAAAAUUAAAGUGCAAAAAAUGGCUUUGAAAAAAGCAAAGCUGUCAUCAAGUAUAGAUUAUAGAGCAUUACCAGGAUUUGAUUUUCAAGCAUAGUUAUAAUUUCUAUAACCAGCUACUCUUGUAUUGCCUUCAACUCAAAGAAAUAAUAUAAAUCAUAUUAGUUAAUCAAGGAGAUAAUAAUUCAAAGAUAGCUCAUAAUUUGAAUCUGAAAGAAAACAUCAAUCAAAAGUUCGCAUUCGCUUACCUAAAAUUGAGAAAAGUGUUGACAUAAAUUUAUCCAAAAGCUCUCUUAAUUGUUGGACUAUGAAUAGCUCUUCUAGUCUUUUAUAAGCUAAUAAAUGA